AUGCCACCAAAGUUAAAAGCGAAACCCCGACCAGUUGCAAGGCGAGGGGCAGCGACCUCUAAUUGCGCCCCCAUUCCGGGUGAUUCGAUUACACCCCCAGAAAACCCCACGGAUAGCCCAGCGCCAGUCAAAGUUCCUUCUUCAGUGGUAACAACUGCAGCAGAACCGGUGCAGAAUCUUCCAAUCCCCCCUCCAGUCGGCCGUUUAGACAGCUUAUCUGCAGCUCGAAACCCUUCUACCAGUGCUCGGGGAGCAGCCCCAUUAGUCAAGUUUAAACCCAGAAAUCCUGGCCGGCGCACACAAGAAGAACGAGAAACCCUCAAUGCUAGGUUCCAACAUACCGCUAAUCCAGCCCCUCACCCCCGAGCCAACGGGUCAGAUCAUGAGACCAGGGGUAGAAGGGGUGGGCGAGGCGGAAGAGGUGGAAGAGGUGGAAGAGGUGGAAGAGGUGGAAGAGGUGGCCACAACGCUGUAUCCGCUUAUGCACCAGCUACUGCAUCAGGACCUUUUGCUUUAGGAAGUGUCUCUACAGGUGCUCCAAGAUCCAGGGUUGCCGUCGAGCGUGGCAUGGAUCGUGAAAAAUACAAAGAAUUCACUAGAUCCGGUGCAAAGCGUGACAUAAAGACCCGAGCAAAGCUAGAGGGUGAAGGCGAGGAUGGGAAAACUCUCGGAUAUACAUCAUCGGACGAUUCUGACGGUCCUAGAAUGGAUGUGGAAUACAUUUCAUUGCUAAACGAAGAUAACUCUGAGGACGAAGAUGUCGAUAAAGUGAUGGAUUGUGGGUCUAGCCAUUGGGGCGCAGGAGCUCCUGUCAGAGUCCCUCGAAGCGAGCACAUCGACCGGACUGCUAUGGUCAAUACGGAUGCUAGUUCGAAAAAAGGCAGAUCAGAUCCCAGGAUCAAGAACGAGAGCCCGCUCGAGGAUUCGGUGAAGGUCAAAGAGGAGCCAUCAGAUGACAAUAUGGCCACUGAGUGGCCUUCAUCGCCAGAGGCUUCAAGGAAAACCAAAGCCCCUACCUCAUCCCCAGAAAUAAAAAAAAAAGAAAUCAAGUCACCCACAAAAAGACGGCGUUCGAGCCCUCACAGGACAAAACCCUUGUUCACGAGUGCUGAGACGAAAGAGGAGCUUAAAGUGGAAGAAAAGGAUCGACUAAAAACACUAGAGGAGUUGGCAGGGAGCUUUACCGAUAUCAAGCUCGACAUGGGUGGUAACCCUGGGAUGGGUGAGGCGGCACGAGAGCCAAGGAACUCCGAGACUGAAAAUCAGAUCUUUUUCUUUCAGUUUCCUACGAUGCUGCCGCAACUUGUCGCCCCUCUAUCAAAAGAGAAAAAGUCACACGAAGCCUCCAUUGCACCAACUGACCCCAAGCCAUCAUCUACAGAAAAGCAUAGGAUGGGAUCUUCCACUUUGCCCCAUUUGGAUAUUAACCCUCAAGCUCGGACUACCGUUCUUCCCCAACCUUCAGGUCCCCCUCCAAGCUCUGCACCCACCGAAACUAGAAUGCCCCCUCCCCCUAGUAUGCCCAAACAAAGCUUAAAGGCUCAACAGGCAUUAUUAGAAGCGUUUCCUCCUCCAGGUAUAGCAGGCAAGCUUCGCGUUCACAAGUCUGGUCGCAUGACGAUUCUCUGGGGAAACCCGGUAGACGGUGAACCUUUUGCAAUGGAUGUUUCCCGUGGAACCGAUUGUUUGUUUUUACAGGAAGCUGUUGCAGUCAAAGAGGUUUCCCCUUGGGGAGAAGAGGAUCUGGAUGAAAAGGGUGCGCGGAAGGGUGCGGCAUUUAGUCUAGGCCAAGUUAAAGGGAGAUAUGUUGUUUCCCCCGACUUUGACGAUUUGGUCAGAAGCGAGAAGAGGCGAGCGAGAAAACCCAAGGCGAAUGAUCGUGAAGCAAUCAAUUAAACUUCUCCUUCAUGUCGCCUACAACCCAUGAGAUAGUUAUGGCCUGUAUUUAUUAAGGUGUUAAGGCUCCCCACACUACUCGAGCAGCUACGGGGAUUUCAGAGCAAUACGAAACGGAGAUGAUUGGUUUUUGCAACCAAAGUCAUUGUACAGCACACGCGUAAACGUGAGAGUAACUUAGGCCCUAACAUUACUUAUCUUACGAGUGAUAUUCAGUGGAAUGAACGUCUUACAAUGGGCAUUAACAUAACCUACAACGCCAAAUCAAAUGACAAAGGCGGCCGCGCCCGCCAAAAGCAGCUCCUCACAAUCAUAGACGGGGCUAGUAAUACCCGUAGGUUAAGUUAAAUUACCAGGGAGGUAAUCCUCCACAUCAUCGCCACCCUCAGGUGUCGUAUACCCCCUAGCACUCUCCAGGUAGAAUUAGUACUUGUAUAUUAACCCCCCUCUAUUCCCCCUUCCGCCCUCUCCAUCCCUCGCUCUUCACUCAACUAAUACAAACACCACACUCAACCGAUUAACUUUACUCCUCUAUCCACACGGUCCUUCCUUUCACUCCAAAUGUCUUCUGAACAGAAUAUGAAUCAGGGCAAGCCCUCCUCUGCUCCUGGCCAGGUGGCAUCUGGCAAAGCUAGCGGUGCGGGUAACCCGUGCUCAAAAGAGUCCUCUCAUGCUCCGACCGUUUCACCAUUUCCCGGAGGCGGCCUGGCAAGGGGAAUUUAUUCUUGUACUCUUGGAAGAAGCAAACCCUGUGGAAGCAAUGACACAACCCACGCCCCUGUCCAUGAGAAGUGUGAUUCUGGGCAAGACGUUGAAGAGAAGCGUGCUGAGAAAACUCCUGACAAAGCGGAAGAUACGGAGCUUAAGGCCACUGAUCCCGGUUCUGAUCCUGCUGUAAGAAGCCGCAUUCUAGAAAUAACUAACCCUAAAAGGGGUCUAACUAUUGCGGAUGUGGAGGCUAUCGAGCAAUGGCAUGGGGGAGUGGGGUGGUUGAGUGGGU